UAUUUUCUGUUUCUCUUAACUCAAUAUGGAGCUGAUUUUAUUGCCCAAAUAAAACCUCUUGGGAUUUAUUUUAUUGGGGACUUCUCCUUGUGAGAUGCUUUUUUUUUACCUGUUGAUGUUACAUAAGAUCAGAUGUAAUAUUUUCUGAUCAUUCUUACAGGGUAAUUAAUUUUCCAAUCCUGUUUUCCCUGGUGGCUGAGCUUGCAUGUACUACUUUCUCUCAGUGGGAUUUCUUACUGAAGUAAUUUCUGCUCCAUAGAUUAUAAGUGGACAGGAUCAAUCCAGCUUCCAUUUCCAGAAAGGUGGGAAGGGAGGAGAGAAAGAAGCAUAUCAGAUUAGAGGGAGGGCAGAAGUAAUGCCAAGAAUUUCUACUCCACCACUUAAUAUCUAUUUAAAGGUGCUUACUGCAUUAGACUUACAAUUUCACACCUUAGAGGUGGUAAAUAUGGCUCAGGAUAAAAAAGUCUUUAUUGAUGAGAUAAAUAAAGUGUUGGCAAAGUCUGAAGGGCUUGCCUUGGAGGACCUGCUGUUCUCCUACCAGGGGACCCCAUAUCCUGUCACAGUGUGCAGCGUGGAAACCUUCCAAGCCCUGGAGAACCUGGAAGCCAGAAGAGAUGAUAUGGUGUUGGUGUCCUACCCCAAAUGUGGUGUGAACUGGCUUAUCCAGAUUUUAAGUGAUUUGAUAUUUACCACUAUCCAGAGUAAACCUGUAAGCACAGAACUGCCAUUUAUUGAAUGUGGAGAUCCAGAGAAGUAUCAGAGGAUGAAGCAGAUUCCAUCUCCAAGGAUUUUGGCAACACAUUUGAAUUAUGACUGCCUCCCCAAGUCUAUUUUCAAGAACAAAGCCAAGAUACUAGUGCUGUUUCGAAACCCUAAAGAUACAGCUGUUUCAUUUUUCCAUUUCCACAACAAUGUGCCAAACGUCCCCAGUUACAGCUCCUGGGAUGAAUUCUUCUCACAGUUCAUGAAUGGGAAAGUUGGCUGGGGAUCCUAUUUUGAUCAUGCAGUCACCUGGAACAAACACAUUGAGGAUGAGAAUACUAUGGUCAUAACAUAUGAAGACCUGAAAGAGAACCUGACUGCCAGUGUAAAGCAGAUAGCUGAAUUCUUUGGAUUCUCCCCAGCGGCAGAGCAGAUCCAGUGCAUUGCAGACAGAGCCACUUUCCAGGCAGUAAAGGAAAAGGCUCAUGAGACUUAUGGUGCUGUUGGCUCAAAUCUUUUCCGCAAAGGUGUUGUUGGAGACUGGAGAAGUCUUUUCACUGAAGCUCAGAACCAGGAAAUGGAUGCCAAAUUCAAAGAGUGCUUAGAAGGAACAAAGCUGGGAGCAAAGUUAAAAUAUGAUGUGUACUGCAAGGCCUGAACCUCUUUUACAGAAAAAUCUCUUGUCCAGGCUGCUUUUCAUUCACUUAUAUGAAAUAAAACAGAGACCAGGGCAUUAUCUGAUUAAAAAAUUUUGAAAAUCCAGGCAAUUUGCAAACCUGUUUCUGCUGGUGUAACUUACACAAUCAAUCCUUGCUGGUGCAGUUACUAUCAUUGACUUUACUGGAUUCUCUUUAAUGACCUGUUUUUUUUCACACUGAUCUUUAGCUAUGAUUUCAUGUUACCCAGUAGAAUCCUGUGUGGAAUAUAUACGCAGUAGUUAAAUCUGCUGAAAUCACUGGAAAUGUAUUAAGUAAAUUGAAACUGUUUUUCUUGACAUUUUUUAAAACAAUCCACAAGGUGUCGUUUUGAUUUGUAAUUUCUAAGUUCAUAAUAUUCAUGUAUGAUUUUAAUUUCAUAAUGCAAAGUGAAAUUUCAUAAGGUUGUGUUGUAGUUGUUUGUUGUUGCCAUUUUCUGUGUGCUUAUAAAUGUGUGAAAAAAUCAAAGGAUCUCUGUGGUUGGAAUUUUGUCUCUCAUUUGGCAAUAAUAUUUUUCUUUCCUUUGAUAGUGUGAGAUCCCAUCCUGAGCAGUUGAAAGAAUUGCCUUGAACAGAACUUGCUCGUGGAGGCUGGAGUCCCCCUGUGGGUGGUAGCUUGCUUUGUUGCUUAUCCUCAACACAGGGUUACCCAUGGGGGAAAUUGGAAACAUAUGUUGAGAACACCAGGCUUUGUCCUUGUGAUUGUUGGGUCACCUCAGCACCCACCCUGCUUUGGAUGUUGAGUAAGCACAUGGAGAAGCUCUUAUCUAGGCAGGAAUGGAGGGAAGUCACUUCUUUCUAAUAUCAAGGCAGUGGGGUUUGUAACAAUCUGGUUGACUUGUUUGGAAGAAGAGACUUUUUAGACGUGAGAGAAGGAGGUGUACUACUCGUAUAACUCU